AUGGAAAAGAUAAGACAUCAUCUUGUCGAGAGGCCUUCUGAAGAAGGCCUGACCUUUCUUAUCUUCUAUCUUAAGAACAUGAGCCCGAUGGAGGUGAUAUACUUCUUCUGUACAGUCUCGAAAAUAUUAGACAGGAGAAGUGCUGUGGCUCUUCUUGCAUAUCUGCGCCAUGCACAAAGUAGAGGGAUAAAGUGUCCUCGGUAUGCACAGAGGUCAUUGAACUAUCAUGUGCACAUGUUGAACAAAAGAAUAUUGAAGAGAAUUCCAAGCACACUCAACCGGUUUGUCCCUGAGAUGAAGCUGUUUGACUUUACAGAGACACGGGAAAGAAGGGGAGGAGAGGAGGCAAGGAAGGAGUUUGAUCCCUUUAGAUUUCUUAUUGAUUUGGUUUUUGAGACGCUUGUGAAGAGCAGCAACAUUGAGAUUGAGAAUACGGUCCAGACAUAUUUCCACGAGAAGAAGGAAGAGGAGUUCCCAAGCCCUGUUUCUGAGGCCUUUAGCCUUAUUGGGAAGAUAAGAGACCCGGGAGCGGUAGACAAGGGGAUUUCAAGAAUUGUAAGGACGCUGAGUGUUGAAGACUCACUAGAGACCUUGAUGUUUAUAAGAAAAAACGAGAGAUACAGCCUUUCGUUUUUCCUGUAUGCAUAUCUCCUGAACAAAGAGGUCUACAAGUCGAUGGUUGAUAUAAUUCUCGAGAACAAGCAGUACUUUAAGCUGGAUGUUAUAAAAUGCCUUGUCGAGCUCGAUGUGAAGAGGAUUAUACCGAAGAUAACGGACGAGUCAGUGGAUGUGCUGAGCUAUGUGAUUAGAGAAAGGGAGACACAUGUUAAGGAGAUUGUGGAAAUGAUUUCCGAGGAAAAGGUAGCGAUAGGAAGAGAAGGCCUCUUGGAGGUUUUCAAGGAGAAUUAUGGGGCUCUUAAGGACUAUGCCUCCUACUUCCGGCUAAGCGAUCAGGAGCUGAUUGAGAUCUCCAAGUCCAACGACCAGGCCUUGGCUCUUACUCUGGAGUCGGUCGAGUCCCAGGAGGGGAUGAAUAGCUUUGUUGACCUUCUGAAAGAGAAGGAAGAUACGGUAGUGGUUGAUCUUGUCAAGUCUUUGGAGGAUGGGCCGAAGAAGGAAAGUCUGAUACAAACGAUCCUUCGAAGGAGAGCGGUCAAGGGCCAGCUCCGAAUAUAUCUGUUAGAUAAUUACCUCGAGGACAGCCGUUUUAUGUAUGCCCUCCUACCGUAUUUGGAGAAGUCUGACGUGUACAAGUAUAUUCCCGACUAUGUUGUUGACAGUGAGUCUCUAAAUGUAUUUCUGAGAAUUAUGGAGUGUUCGGAACUUCUGAUCUUUGUACACAGAAUUCCAGAAGUCUCAAAAGCCAUCCGGAUUCUCGAUCUCUGCUUCAAAUCCUCGAAGUUUGGAGAGAGCGACUUUCUGUUUACACUAACAACCCUGGAGAAGGAGCUGCCUGUGCUGAUAGUGAGGACUCUACUCCAAACCUUGGUGAAAUUUCCCAAUCUGAAGAACUUUGUUGUUUCGUUUCUAUCCAGGGUAGUUAGAAGAAACAUAUGGAAGCAGGAGGAGAUGGUGGAGGGUGUGAUAAAGUGCUUUGAGAUGAUUGGGGCACCGGCAACCGAGAUGAUUGCAUAUCUUGAUUCCGACUCGAUGGCCAAGGUUCUGGGAAGAAGCAAGGAGCUUCGAGACCUCUGCCACGAGUACUUGAGAAAGGGAGGAACAAAUAAACGCCAUGGCAAAACGUUAAGAUCAGUGAUGGGUAAGCUUGGUAAUAAAUAG